CGUCCUUUCCUCAAACACUGCUGCUACGGAAACAUAAGUGGCUGCUGCAGCAAUUAGGGAGCCACGCCUGCUGAGCUCUAAUUUCUCUGAAUUGUGCUCCUUAUAUACAACCACUCUUUGUUGCUGAUGAAAGUUGUAUCUAGUUGCUGCAGGUCUCCUCGCCUAGAAAACGCUCUAAUAUCAGUUUUAAUUAUUCUAACAUCGCGAGAGCUUACAGUAAGACCCCUCAGGGGCCGGUCUUUACGAGCAAGACAUUAGAAUCCCGUCGGUCACUCUGACCAGUACCACCCCAGGCGAGAGCCAUGGAGUACCUCAGGUUCUGUAUAGUUUUAUCAUGCUGCGUAAAGUUUGGAAGUUCUGUUCUCUCAGAUAAUGCGCCUCAAACCCCCCCGCCUAUUUCUAAAGAAAAACUGCUGGUGUUAACAGUAGCGACAGAGGAAACGGACGGCUUCAUCCGCUUCAUGCAAACCGCAAACUAUUUCAAAUACACUGUAAAGGUGUUGGGAAUGGGAGAGACCUGGAAAGGCGGUGAAGUUGGUCGUUCGAUUGGUGGAGGGCAAAAAGUCAGACUGCUGAAGGAGGCCAUGGAGUCUCUGGGUGAUCAGGAAGAUCUUGUCGUCUUGUUUGUGGAUAGCUAUGAUCUUAUCUUCGCUGGGGGACCAGAGGAGAUCCUGAGGAAAUUCCAACAAGCCAAUCACAAAGUGCUGUUUGCUGCAGAGGGGCUGAUAUGGCCUGAUAAAAGGCUGGCUGACAAGUACCCUUUAGUCAGAAGUGGCAAGCGUUACCUCAACUCUGGAGGUAUAAUUGGGUAUGCCCCUUAUGUAAACAGAAUAGUUUCACAGUGGGAUCUCCAUGACAAUGAUGACGACCAGCUCUUCUACACUAAGAUUUACCUGGAUCUAUCGAAAAGAGAAUCACUUAACAUGACUCUGGACCAUAAGUGCCAGAUUUUCCAGAAUUUGAAUGGGGCAAUAGAUGAGGUGCUUCUCAAGUUUGGGACUGACAGGGUGCGAGUAAGAAACACGGCAUACAAUUCUCUGCCUGUUGUGGUCCAUGGCAAUGGGAACACUAAAAUUUACUUGAACUACCUGGGGAACUACGUGCCAAAUGCAUGGAACUAUGAACAUGGCUGCUCACACUGUGAUGAAGAUCUUUUGGAUUUGUCUCAGUUACAUGAGUAUCCAGACGUGCUAGUCGGAGUCUUCAUCGAACAGCCAACUCCAUUCCUUCCUGAGUUUUUCAAACAGCUGCUUACCCUGGACUAUCCCAAAGAUAAACUGAAACUCUUUGUACAUAACAAUGAGGUUUAUCACGAGAAGCACAUUCAGAGGUUCUGGGAGGAGAACAGGGACGUGUUCAAGAGUUUUAAAGUUGUGGGACCAGAGGAAAACUUGAGCCAAGGAGAGGCCAGGAACAUGGGAAUGGAUCUUUGUCGCAAAGAUGCUACAUGUGACUAUUACUUCAGCCUUGAUUCUGACGUCAUGCUCACCAACCGACAGACAUUGAAGCUUCUCAUCGAACAAAACAGAAAGAUAAUUGGUCCUCUUGUCACCCGUCAUGGCAAGCUGUGGUCAAACUUUUGGGGAGCCUUGAGCCUGGAUGGCUACUAUGCACGAUCUGAGGAUUAUGUCGACAUUGUACAAAGGAAACGAGUGGGUUUGUGGAACAUUCCCUUCAUGGCGCACAUAUACCUCAUCAAGGGAACCGUUUUAAGGAAUGAACUUAAAGAAAGGAAUCACUUUGUUCUGGAGAAAUUGGACCCAGAUAUGGCUUUGUGUAGAAACGCCAGAGAAAUGACCAGUCACAGGGAAAAAGACUCCCCUUCUCCGGAAUCAUUCCAUAUGCUCAGGUCCCCUAAGGGAGUGUUCAUGUACAUAACCAACCGUCAUGAGUUUGGGAGGCUCAUUUCCACGGCUAAUUAUAACAUAUCUCGUUACAAUAACGACUUGUGGCAGAUAUUUGAAAACCCUGUGGACUGGAAGGAAAAGUACAUCCACCCAAACUAUACCCGAAUUUUUACUGAAAACCAGUUGGAGGAGCCUUGUCCAGAUGUGUUCUGGUUUCCUGUGCUCUCAGUGAAGGCGUGUGAUGAAAUAGUGGAGGAGAUGGAGCACUAUGGUGUAUGGUCUGGGGGCAAACAUGAGGACAAGAGGAUUGCUGGAGGCUACGAGACGGUGCCAACUGAUGACAUUCACAUGAAACAAAUUGGGUUCGAUAAGGAAUGGCUUCACUUUCUCCGAGAGUACAUAUCACCCGUCACAUUAAAGGUUUUCUCUGGUUACUACACAAAGGGAUAUGCAUUGAUGAACUUUGUAGUUAAAUACACACCCCACAGACAAGCCUUCUUGAGGCCCCAUCAUGACUCUUCCACCUUCACUAUCAACAUUGCUCUCAACAGCAAGGAUACUGAUUUUCAGGGUGGAGGUUGCCGCUUCCAUCGAUACAACUGCUCCAUAGAAUCACCAAGGAAAGGAUGGAGUUUCAUGCAUCCUGGACGUCUGACUCAUCUCCAUGAAGGUUUACCUACCACCAACGGCACUCGAUACAUCGCAGUGUCAUUUGUUGAUCCUUGAACUUAAUUUUAAACAUACUGUAAAUAUGUUCUAAAAUGGUCUAGGGGUGCAAAUGCAGUUUAAGUACAUAAUUUCACAGCAAGUUUAAAAGGUCCUGUAAAUGCAAACAUUAAACUAGCAAACUCAAAAUGAGACUAACAAACACAAAAAAAAAUAUAUCAAAAGAAAUAUGCAGCAAAUGUAAAUAUCUAAAUUUACAGAAAAUAGCAGCAAACAUAAAACAUGCUACAAACACAACACUCACCUCAAAUACAUAACCUAAUAGAUGCUAACACACAAAAUCCAUGCAAAGACAAAAAUCCAGCAGUGGAAAAAACUAACAAAAACUAGCACAGCAUGAUGAGAGUGCUCCAGAGCACUAGGGGAGAAAGUCAUUGACUUGGGACCAGAUCCUUACUAAAGGCAUAAUGGAUGCUAAGAGCAAUUAAAUGUUAAAAAUAAGAGAUUCAAGGAAAAACUGACCUUUUCUUCUAUUUGUCCAGAUGACGUUUGGGAAGCAUCCUAUUAAUAUUUUUGCUAAGGGUCCAAUGCAUAGUUGUUUUUGUUCACUGUAUUUGUUUUGUGUGCUAUUCUACCUUUUGAAUUUCUAUUCUAAUUUUAUGAGUUUGCAGGGUCUUUUAAAUUUAUUGUAAAAUCAUUUAUUUAAACAGCAUUAGCACCCCUCUUUAUUUUUGCUUCAGUCAUUUGUUUUGGAUCAAUUUUGUGUCUGAUGGUUCCAUGAUGCAGUUUUUUUUUUUUUUUUUUUCCAUUUUAAUUUGAGCAAAUGCUUUAAAACGAAUACAAUAAGUUUAUCUUUUAAGAAUCUCUGUCAAUCAGUGAAUAUAAUGAAGAAAAGUAGCAAGCAAAUUAAAUGACAAAAUAGACUGCAAUAAAAAACAAGUAGACGGCUACAUAGCUUUGCAACAGUACAACUGUAAACAUUCAUUUUAGAGAAGAAAGCAUAUCUUUAUACUGUAGGUCGGUUUUUGUGUUUUACGGUAAUGAUUUGAUACCAUCUUGGUAGGUGUCAUACACACUGGUAUCUUCACAAGCAACUCAGCUGGAGCAUGUGCACAUUAGCUACAAUAAUUGUGUUUCAGGGAGAGUUUUGCACAAAUUGAAGCUUACUACUGGUGCUAGUCAACUUCAACUUAUUUUCAUCUAAGACAAAGGUCCUUAAUUGCCUGAGGCCAUACCGAUUUGUUUUCCUUCACCAAAGAAGCUUAUUCCAGACUUUCCUUUGAAAGAACUUUGAAAAGGCUAGUUCUCUCAUUGUGAACAUGUGACGAGACAGCAGAUUUCAGUUCACUCUUUUGCGUUGUCCAUAUUUCACUGUCUUGUGCUUCUUUCUUUAAAAAAACGACAAAACUAAUUUGUUUUCCUGAAAAUGUAUUUGCCUAUUUUUCUGAUGGGCGUGACUGACUGGAUUUUGAAACUCAGCAAACGAACAUGUUUAAGUUAUUGUCGCGAUUCAAUAAAAUCAGUUACAAAAAA